GGUUACUUAACCCCAUCUGGUGCAGGUGGAGCAGACUCUGGUGUCCCAAUUCUCUUUCCCAUCCAUUUUUAUCCUCCCCCUAGAUAGCAGGACACCAAGGAGAGUCGCUGCUAUAGUGAACCUUCUAGGGUCAGGCGCACUGGGAGGAUGGAGACAUUACGGGCAUGUGACUGUCAGUAAAACGGGACAAAUGGAUGAGACCCGGGAGACCUACAGAGACCUAGACCCUGGGAAGAGGCGAGAGGUGAUGACUUAGAACGCACAACUCGGAAGUCAGGUGGACCGCACAACGCGGAAGUCAGCUGGAACGCACAACCAGGAUUUGUUUUGUUUUUUUACCAUUUUCCGGUCAAGGCAGAAGCAGUCGAGAGCAGAGGAGGCACAGCUAAUGUAACUGGGGAAUGGGAAUAGCGUCAGGUUGAGUCAUGAGGUCACAUGAAGGCGAAACGUGUAUUCAGGGGAGAGAGUCCAGUAUAGCUCCCCAUACUGAUUCCGAGAGGAUGGACAGGGGCAGGAGUCAUGUGACUGAGAGGAUAAUACUUCUCACCCUGGAGAUCAUCUACCUGCUGACUGGGGAGGAUUACACUGUAGUGAGGAAGACGUCCAGUGAGUCUGUAACAUGUAGCAGACGUCCCCAUGUGUCAGGAGCACUGUGCAUGGUGCCACCACCUCACUCACUGAUACAUGAGAGGCACAAUGACCAGAAAAUCCUGGAACUCACCAACAAGAUCAUUCAGCUGCUGACUGGAGAGGUUCCCAUAAGGUGUGAGGAUGUCACUGUCUAUUUCUCCAUGGAGGAGUGGGAGUAUAUAGAGGAACACAGGGGUCUGUACAAGGACAUGAUGAUGGAUGAUCACCAGCCCCUCACAUCACUGGAUGGCUCUGAGGAUACAGAAAUAUCUGGGGGAUCCUACACUCCUAUUUCUUCCCCAGAUUGUAUGACUGUGGAUCACAGUGUUCUUAUAGAUAUCCAGACUGCAAUAUCCUUAUCAGCAGAUGGACGGGAAAUGAUCAACUGCCCGGAUACUGUUAUUGAGAAACCAACUUCAUGUUAUGGAAAAAAUCUCACCAAUAUCUCUACACCCACAGAUCGUACACAGUAUACAUGUACUCAUAUUAAGGAGCAAUCAGUCUCAUGUGAUGGUGGAGACCUCACUGAUAAUUAUACUCCCACAGAUCAUACACAGUAUACAUCUACCCAUAUUAAGGAGGAACCGGUCUCAUGUGAUGGAGGAGACUUCACACACACUGAUAAUUAUACACCCACAUAUCAUACACAGUAUACAUCUACUCAUAAUAAGGAGGAACCAGUCUUAUGUAAUGGAGGAGACCUCACACAGACUGACAUGUAUACACCCCCAGAUCAUACACAGUAUACAUCUACUAAUAGUAAGGAGGAACCGGUCUCAUGUGAUGGAGGAGACCUCACACACACUGAUAAUUAUACUCCCACAUAUCAUACACAGUAUACAUCUACUAAUAGUAAGGAGGAACCGGUCUCAUGUAAUGGAGGAGACCUCACACACACUGAUAAUUAUACUCCCACAUAUCAUACACAGUAUACAUCUACUAAUAGUAAGGAGGAACCGGUCUCAUGUGAUGGAGGAGACCUCACACACACUGAUAAUUAUACUCCCACAUAUCAUACACAGUAUACAUCUACUCAUAUUAAGGAGGAACCAGUCUUAUGUAAUGGAGGAGACCUCACACAGACUGACAUGUAUACACCCCCAGAUCAUAUACAGUAUACAUCUACUAAUAGUGAGGAACCAGUCUUAUGUAAUGGAGGACACCUCACACACACUGAUAAGUAUACUCCCACAUAUCAUACACCAUAUACAUCUACUCAUAUUAAGGAGGAAUCAGCCUCAUGUGACGGAGAAGACCUCACACAGACUGACAUGUAUACAACCCCAGAUCAUACACAGUAUACAUCUACUCCUAGUAAGGAGAAACCAGCCUCAUGUGAUGGAGAAAACCUCACACACACUGAUAAUUAUACUCCAUACACUACUUCUCAUACUGUGGAACACAGUAAAACAAAUGUGACUUCUCAGUUAGUAGAGAAAUCCUUCUUAUGCCUUGAAUGUGGGAAGAGUUUUAAAUGUAACUCCCACCUGGCCAGCCACCAGAGGAUACACAUAGGAGAGAGGUCCUACCCGUGUGCCGAGUGUAGUAAAUGUUUCAUCAGUAACUCCGAUCUGGUCAUACAUCAGAGACUUCAUGCACGUGAUAAGCCCUAUUCAUGUUCUAUAUGUCGCAAGUGUUUUGACAGUGGCACCGAGCUUGCCGGCCAUCAGAGAACCCACAUGGGGGAGAAGCCCUAUUCCUGCUGUGAAUGCGGCAAAUGCUUUACCAGGAAAACGCAUCUCGUCGUCCACCAGAGGAGCCACACUGGAGAGAAGCCCUACACCUGCUCUCAGUGCGGCAAGUGCUUCAUCAGCAACUCUCACCUCCUCGGCCACCAGCGGAUUCACAGCGGCGAGAAACCUUACUCCUGUCCCGAGUGCAGGAAAUCCUUUAUUAGUAAGUCGCGGUUGAUGGAACAUCAAAGAACUCACACAGGGGAGAAACCAUACUCCUGCUGUGAAUGUGGCAAAUAUUUCAUCAGCAACUCUAACCUCUCCACACACCAGAGAAUUCACACGGGGGAGAAACCCUACUCUUGCUCGGAGUGCGGGAAGUGCUUUGGCCGGAAGUCCCAUCUGGUGAGACAUCAGUGGAUCCACACGGGAGAUAGACAGUGUGUUUGCUCUGAGUGUGAGAUGUCUUUCAGUAAUAGCCAGGAGCUUGCCGCACACCAGAGAAUGCAUGCAGGCGACAAGCCGCACUGUUGCGCUGACUGUGGGAAAAGCUUUGUUUCUUAUCCAAACCUUAUUAAACACCAUAGAAUGCACAUAUGGCAUAAAACAUACUCCGUCCCAAACACUUCAGCCAGCCCGGAGAUCAGCUCCACCUGCACGGUGGUGGAGCCCUCUACCUCCAAACGCAGCUCCGUCUCCUUCUCCAGCUCGAACUUGGUGGAGGGAACAUUGGAGGAGGAAUUUGGCCAGGAGCUCCCGGCCUCGGAUCCACCAGCAUCUGACUUCCUGAGGAUGGACAAGGACAAGAGCCACGUGACUGAGACGCUAAUAAAUAUCACCCUGGAGAUCAUCUACCUGCUGACUGGGGAGGACUACAUAGUAGUGAAGGCAUCCAGUGAGCGUGUGACACCCAGCAGCCAUCCCCGUGUGUCAGGAGGACUGAGCAGGACCCAGAGCCCCAUCCCGGUGCCUCUACCUCACUCACUGAUACAUGAGAGGCACAAUGACCAGAAGGUCCUGGAACUCACCAACAAGAUCAUUCAGCUGCUGACUGGAGAGGUUCCUUUAAGGUGUGAGGACAUCACUGUCUAUUUCUCCAUGGAGGAGUGGGAGUAUAUAGAGGGACACAGGGGUCUGUCCAAGGACGUGAUGAUGGAGAAUCACUGGCCCCUCACAUCACUGGGUCUUACCGAGGAUGCAAAGAUAUCUGGGGGAUCCCACAGCCCUGUUUCUUCCCCGGACUGUAUGACUGAGGAUCACAGUGUUGUCAUAGAUCUGCAGACUGCAAAAUCCUCAUCAGCAGACGGACAGGACAUGAUCAAUUUUCCGGAGAAUGUUACUGAGAAACCAACUUCAUGUCAGGAAAAACACCACGCUGACAUUUAUAGACCCACAGAUUAUACGCAGCAUAUGUCUAGUGAUAUUAAGGAGGAACCCAUCACAUGUGACGGGGAAGACCUUGCACACACUGAUAAUUAUACUCCCGCGUAUCAUACACCGUAUACAUCUACUCAUAGUAAGGAGGAACCCAUCUCAUGUGAUGGAGCAGACCUCACACACACUGAUAAUUAUACUCCCACAAUUCAUACACAGUAUACACCUACUCAUCUUAAGAAGGAACCAGCCUCAUGUAACAGAGGAGACCUCACACACACUGAUAAUUAUACUCCCACAGAUCAUACACAGUAUACAUCUACUCAUAGUAAGGAGGAAUCUGUCUCAUGUGACAGAGAGGACCUCACACACACUGAUAAUUAUACUCCCACAUAUCGUACACCGUAUACAUCUACUCAUCCUAAGGAGGAACCCAUCUCAUGUGAUGGAGAAGACCUCACACACACUGAUAAUUAUACUCCCACAGAUCAUACACAGUAUACAUCUACUCAUAGUAAGGAUGGAUCACCUUCAUGUGACAGAGAGGACCUCACACACACUGAUAAUUAUACUCCCACAUAUCGUACACCGUAUACAUCUACUCAUCCUAAGGAGGAACCCAUCUCAUGUGAUGGAGAAGACCUCACACACACUGAUAAUUAUACUCCCACAGAUCAUACACAGUAUACAUCUACUCAUAGUAAGGAUGGAUCACCUUCAUGUGACAGAGAGGACCUCACACACACUGAUAAUUAUACUCCCACGUAUCAUACCCCGUAUACAUCUACUCAUCCUAAGGAGGAACCCAUCUCAUGUGAUGGAGGAGACCUCACACACACUGACAAUUAUACACCCACAAUUCAUACACAGUAUAUAUCUACUCAUCUUAAGAAGGAACCCAUCUCAUUUGACGGAGGAGACCUCACACACACUGAUAAUUAUACUCCCACAGAUAAUACACAGUAUACAUCUACUCAUGUUAAGAAGGAAUCAGUCUCACGUGAUGAAGGAGACCUCACACACACUGACAUCUAUACACCCUUGUAUUAUAAAUUGGCACAGUACAGUAAUACUUUGGAACAGGAUGAGGUAGGUCAAAAUACACAGAAACAAAGUCAGACCUCGGAGGUAGAUUGUGCAGGGCAUGAUAGAAAGCUGUAUCAUCUGAAAACCUCCUUGAGCCACCAGAAGGUGCAGAGCACCAGCACUGGCUAUAGCAGCUGUGACAGUCAGUUUCCUUCUGCUGCUCAUCUCCUCCAGCUUCAUGAAAGUCGGAGACAAAACAAAUCGGUUCCAUUUCCAGAGUAUGGGAAACACUUUACCAGGGAGAACUUUUCCUUCUCUGUUUAUGGGAAUUGUUUUACCCAGCGAUCAAGACACAGCAGACCUCAGAGAGUUCAGGCAGGCGAGAAGCGCUACGUGUGCUCGGAAUGUGGCAAGUCUUUUAAAAGGAACUCCAACCUGGUGACGCACCGGCGAAUUCACACGGGGGAGAAGCCCUACUGCUGCUCGGUGUGCGGGAAGCGGUUCAUCAGCAAUUCGGACUGCGUCAUCCAUCAGAGGAUACACACUGGAGAGAAGCCCUACCCCUGCUCUCUCUGCGGGAGAUGUUUCGUCAGCAACUCCCACCGGAUAUCGCACCAGCGCAGUCACAUGGCGGAGAAGCCGCAUCCCUGCCUGCACUGCGGGAAACGCUUCAGGUGUAAAUCCGACCUUACCGCUCACCAGAGGCGGCACACCGGGGAAAAGCCGCAUCCCUGCUCUGAGUGCGACAAGUGUUUUACCAGCAAGUCCUCUCUUAUUAGACACCAGAGCGGUCACGACGAUAGUUCCCAUCAGCAGACUUGCAUUGGAGGAAGUGUUGUGUUAUAAUGACUAUUAAUUGUAAUGGUUUUACCCACUCAAAAAUGUUUUUAGUUCCAUGCCAUGUUCGCAUUCUUCCUAUCAGAAGAUAUUCCAAGCCACAUGGCUACUUCAAAGUAGGCCAGAUGGUUAUUUAAAAAUCUGCAUAAAUAUAUAUUUACGCCCUUCC